CCGAGCUCUCUCUUCUCGUACAUCCCCUCCAUAACCUACACCGUACUAUACGCAUCAUGAUGGCGAAGAUGGCCAAUGUCGCACUCGUGGCGCUCACCCUGGCGGCGGGCGGACUUGCGGAGGAGUCUAGGUCCCUCGCAUCGGGAGUGUGGGGUGCCUGGAAGUCCGAGAGGGUGAAGUCCAAGUACUUCUCGGAGUUGUUGGCGGACGGCGACACCGUGGAGCUGCUCACCCACGGACCUUUCACGAUCAGUGCUGCGUGCGGCACCCUCGGAGGCGAAGCGGAGGUACGGCUGCUCCUGACCGUUACCGCGGACAGCGACGCCGACGAGUGGGUGUACGGAUACCCGGACUUCCUUCCCCAGGAUUACUACAACUCGUGCGUCGGCACCACGGCCGCAGGCACGGUGAGCGACACGUGCGUCGUGUGGGGCACUGUGUCAGGAAGUGGUUUCCCGGACGACGCUGGGGCGUACACCUCCCUCUCCGGGUACUACGUUUCCUUCGGAGGCCCUUCGACGAUCGGCUUCAACAAGGAGGCCCUUUCCAACGUGCAAUACCUCACCUACGCCAACGGAUUCACCGCCGAGGACGUGGCCGCUUUCCCCAACGACUGCGCGAUUUCCGGCGAGCUGACAUACAACCGGGCAUCCGGCGAUGACCCGUGAUUUGAGGAUUGCGUUUGAAUGUGGGCUUGCCGUUGUGGUGCUGCGGCAUCGACUAUUGGGUGGCCUAGUAACGUUUGGUGUGAUGCAACGUGGAGUACACAGCGACUUGGUUGGCUGUUAAACCCGAUACCUCUCCUUGGAAGUGGAUUCUGUUGGUGAUAUUCUUCGAUGGCUUAGCGCCGUUGGCGAUAUGUGGUUGUUCAGAAUUGCUAGGUUCUGGGGACGAAUCUCUCCUGCCCAGGCGAUAGGGUAUUGCCACGGAUCGAUUAGAGAUGAUUUGUACAGCCUGCGGCCAUUUCGGUUGAUCUCAUGUCCUGUGAGGUUUCAGGCAACAAUUGCUCCAUGAAGUUGAUCCCUUUGGACAUAGAAUGGUCGUUGCCGCACCACAUUAGAGGUAGAUGUGCUGUUUGGUUUGGUCGUAUCCUCGCGCGCGCGUGAGCAAGUGCUAC